AUGUAUCGACAGGUAUUAAUACACAAAGAAGAUCGCGAUUAUCAACGCAUAUUGUGGAGAUCUGAUCAAAAUGAUGAAAUAAAAAUUUAUAAGUUGUGUACUGUAACAUACGGUUUAGCACCUGCAGGAUUUUUGGCAGUAAGUUGUGUUAACCGCGUUGCUGAGGACGCCGUCAACGUAAAAUUAAAAGAAAUUAUAAAAAACGAUUUCUGUGUAGACGAUUGUCUUACCGGAGCCGAUACGUUAACGGAAGCAAUACAAUUACGUAAUGAACUGAUUUCAAUUAUGCAUAAGGCAGGAUUUGAAUUAUCUAAAUGGACAGCAAAUCAUAAAAACCUAAUCCCGGACACAAAUGAAAACGAAGCAUCGUCAGUAUCAAUGGAUAAGGAAAGUGUGAAGACCUUGGGUUUGUAUUGGGAACCAAACAGUAAUCAUUACACUUACGUUGUUCAACCACCGAAAAUAAACAUUGAGGUAACCAAAAGAGAUGUUAUUGCUGGACUAGCGACAUUAUUCGACCCAUUAGGUCUAGUAGGUCCAGUAAUAUUAGUGGGCAAAAUAUUACUACAAGAUUUAUGGCGUGAGAAAAUUGAAUGGGAUAGUCAAAUUCCACCACACAUGCAAUCGGUGUGGAACGGGUAUAUCGAUUGUUUAAAUGAAUUAAAUACUUUUAAUAUACCACGUUGGCUUGGAUCCAAUAAUGAUAAACAAAUUGAGAUACACGGGUUCGCAGAUGCGUCCAUGAAGGCGUAUGGCGCCUGUAUAUACAUGCGUACGUCAGAUAAGGACGGUAAUAUUACAUGUCAAUUAGUGUGUGCCAAAUCUCGUAUUACGCCAAUAAAGGUAAUUUCUAUUCCUAGAUUAGAGCUAUGCGCGGCGCUACUUUUAUCACGUCUAAUGUCCACAGUUAUACCAGCACUUAAUAUAAGUGUGUCAAAAAGAUAUUUUUGGACAGAUUCCACUGUCACCUUAGCUUGGUUAGCUGCAGAUUCAGGCAGGUGGAAAACAUUCGUUGCGAAUCGUGUCAGUGAAAUCCAAACAUUAACUAAUAGUUUGGAGUGGGGACAUGUGAAAUCGAACGACAAUCCAGCUGAUGUAUUGUCACGAGGGUGUACGCCGAACGAAUUAAAAAUCAAUACGCUUUGGUGGCAUGGUCCGGUAUGGUUAAAAAAUAAUGAAUUUAAACAUUCAACAGCAUAUAUAGAAGGUUCCGCACAUAUAAAUGAUAUCAAAAAUGAAGAAAAGAUUACGCCUAUUAUAGUGUGUACUACAAAGGUGGGCGAGUCGUUUGACAUUGAUAAGUACUCGACGCUGAACAAAUUAUCGCACGUCGUUGCGUACUUAUUACGAUACAAAAACAACUCAUUAUCAAAACGUAAUAAUAUUCCGCGAAUUACCGGCCCGCUUAAUACAGACGAGGUAUUAACUGCAAUAAAAUCAAUAAUUAAACUACUACAGGGCACAUAUUUUUCCUCGGAAAUUAAAGAUUUAAAAAGCAAACACUAUGUGUAG